CUAAUCUUCUCCUGACCAACUCCUAGUAUUCUGAGUUGAUCAUGCCGUCGGUCCAUUCUACUCUGUACACAACAUAUACUUUCCUCACUCUCCCGGCACGUUUGGUGACCUGGUGGCUAUAUUAUAUCCCCAAGUCUAACCGUCCCAGCGGUCCAGUCCAUGCCGGUUGGCGCUGUCUGGUACCCGACUGUCCCAGUCCAGCCACCGCGAAAGCUCAUCAUCCAUUUCCACCCAAGUGCCUAUGUGCUCUUCGGCCCGCGACCUGGAGAUGGAUGUGGCUGGGGGCCCACGAAAUUCAGUAGGCUCUCGGGAUGGCCAAUACUUUCGAUCCAAUACCGGCUCUCCUUAGACGCAGACAAAACCUUCCCAGCCGCCGUCCAGGACGGAAUCACUGCCUAUAUCUACGCGUUAAGAGACCCUCAAAAUCCCACCAUCCCAGAUCGUGCUCUCGGGCGAGUCCGCAGGUGGGAAUCUCAUUCUAGCGAUGCUCCGGUAUAUCACCACAGAGAACCAGGCGAUACUUCUACCUCGCUGCGCGCUGUUAUGGUCCCCGUGGGUUGAUAUGACCCAGAAGGCUCUUCUGAAUAUGGAAAAACACCGCAAUUACAAGUCCGAUUAUAUUGAAUAUGAUUUCGGUUCCUGGGGUGUCAGUAGCUAUAUCCCCCCCUGGCUGGUCUGACAGUAAUCCCUAUUUGUCGCCGCUGGGCAGCGAGUACCGAUUGGGUGUUCCGCUUUUCAUUGAAGCUGGCACGUCUGAGGUGCUUUAUGAUGACAUUGUGCAGUUCGCGCUCAACAUGAAGGAGAAGGGCACGGAGGUUGAGUUACAUGAAGCUCCGCAUGGGGUUCAUGCGACUUUUGGUAUCGCCGAUGCUUUGGGGAUGCCUGAAAUUGCUAUAGAUGGUCAUGCGCGUAGGGCAAGAUUCAUUGCGAGAACGGGCGCAGAAUGAACGAUUGGAUAUAUCGAUCUAACUGGGAGCAUUCAAGGAAAUCGAGAAAUGGCAGUGAGGUAUAUUUCCGGAAGCUCAAGUGCUUCCUAGAUAAUACGUACUCCAGUCUACAUAUACAAAAGAAAACUGUUGGGGGGAAUAAGGUGUUCAAGGCACGACCUUGAUGUCAAUGGCAUUUUGGUCGAGUGGGAUUGACAAAAACUAUAUGCGUAAAUAGAAUCAGGGCCGGGCAGAUCGCUUGUAAAGCGAACGAAAGUGUAUGCAAAUUCCCAGAUUUUGGGGGGAAUAGCCUUGAAUCCACUCACACGACGCGUUGAGAAUUAGUUCAGGCUCUUCUACCACCGGGUAUACCCGUUUGAUGUGUUUACGCUGCUCUUCU